AUGAUGGUGAAGAUGAUGACUCAGAUUCUCAUGCUGAAAUGGAAGUGGCAAGAGAAGAUGACAGCAGCGAUGAUGAUCUUGAAAGUAGUCUGCCACAGGACCCAGAAAUGUGUCUGCAGAUGAACCAUGUGUACCAGGAAGUUAUCCAGGAAAAGAUUGAGGAAGUUGAGCUUCUCAUUGCACAAAACAAAGAACAGCAGAAGGAAAUCAUGUUGGAGCUUGGUGGUACAAAAACAGCAAAGACAGGAGAUGGUAGAAAUUUACCAGCAAAUGUAUUUUUGGGUCAUUUUAUGAAGCCGUACUUUAAGGACAAAACGACUGGAAUUGGCCCUCCUGCCAAUGAAGAUGCCAAGGAAAAGGCAGCUCAGGGCAUCAAAUCCUUUGAACAAUUGGUUUCAACAAAAUGGAAAAGCAGAGAGAAGACAUUACUGCAGAAAUCAGUAGUAAGUGACCGCUUGCAGCGCCUGCUUCAGCCCAAGUUACUGAAGAUGAGUUACUGGAAUCAGAAACUGGAGAAAGUCAAGACUGAAGCGGAGAAGCAGAUCUUGGAAAAGCAAAUCAAAGAAGUGGAGCGAGAAAUAGAAGCAAUUAACCAACUCCCAGAAAGUGACUUGUUAGGAAACAGAUUUGAUGAGCACGACUGGGAGAAAAUCUCAAACAUCCACUUUGAUGGGCAACGUAGUUCAGAAGAACUGAAGAAGUUUUGGGAAAAUUGGGAGCAUCCAAGCAUCAACAAAAAGGAAUGGACCGAGGAGGAAAUCGAGAGGCUGAAGAAGAUAGCUGCUAAGCACGGUUAUCUGGACUGGGAGACUAUAGCCCAGGAGUUGGGGACAAACAGGACCCCUUUCCAGUGCUUGCAGAAGUAUCAAGUAAGUGAAGAUCAGAUGCUUUUAGAGCUUGUUCAAGAGAUGAGAGUAGGAAGUCAUAUCCCGUACAAGAAAAUUGCGUAUUACAUGGAAGGAAGAGAUUCUGCUCAGCUGAUUUACCGGUGGACAAAGAGCGUGGACCCUAGUUUGAAGAAAGGACCCUGGACACCAGAGGAAGAUGCUAUGCUGUUGGCUGCAGUUAAGAAGUAUGGAGAGCGUGACUGGUACAAAAUCCGGACAGAAGUGCCAGGGAGGAGCGAUGCUCAGUGCAGAGAUCGGUACUUAAAAGCGUUGCACUGUGAUGUAAAGAAAGGCAAGUGGAGUUUAGAGGAAGAGGAGCAACUAAUUGAACUGGUUCAAAAGCAUGGCCUGGGUCACUGGAGUAAAAUAGCUUCUGAAUUGCCACAUCGCACUGGCUCCCAAUGUCUAAGCAAGUGGAAACUUAUGAUUGGGUCUAAGAAAAGAUCUAGGCCAACAAAACGCCGACACGUACAAGAGAGUUCCAGCUCUUCAGAGAGCAGCAGUGAAGACAUCGAACUGGAUUUAACAGACAGUUCGGAGGAAGAGACGACAAGCAAGGAGGAAUGUGCGUUUCCCAGUAUUGAUUUGUGGGUACCAACACGGACAAAUACACAGGAGUCCAACAAAGGCAGGUACCAAACUCCAUCCCUUUUCUCUCCUGUGAGUGCUGAUGUGAAGACCAGUAGCAGCGAAGUUCCAGUUGCAGCAUCUGAUGGAGACAAGGACAGAGCUAUUGAUAAACCGCUGGAGUUGAACACCCUCCUGAGGGGCAUCGCACGCCCGCAUUCGACAGACGUUGUCGUGGAGGAUCCAGUAGAAGCAAUGAACAAGGCUUCCAGGUGUGGAAAGCAAGUGCUGCGAGUUACCCUGGAGAACGUGAGAAGAGCAUUAAGACAUAACACGUGCUUUCUGAGGAAACUUCAAUUGAAGAUGCUAAAACCUUCUGCCAACGCUUUAACAAAAAUAUCUGGAGUUAGUCCAUCUGUUGGCCAAAAGCUUGAGGGGCAGCAAAACAUCACAGAGAAAACUUAUCGCCAGGAGAGAGAGCGUUGGAGAAGGCUGAACCUUGACAGAAAGCUUCUGAUGGCAGUGACACCUUGGGUGGGCAAUGUGCUGCUGCCUUGCACCUUGCAAACUGGGAAGAUGGCUUUUCAUCAGACAAAAGCUGAUUCUAUUCAAGAGAAGAUCAAGUCGAUCGGUCUUAGGAGCACUCCCCUGUUCACACUUCUCAUUCAGCUCUUUCAGAUUGAUACCAAUGGCUGCAUGAAGAUUAUUCGUGAGAGAAGGUUAAGGCAGUCAGAGCUUCUUCGGGCUAAUGCAGGCAGGCCUCAGCAGGCUUCCCAAAAUAUGGAGACUUCUUCAGGCAGUUCAUCACAAUCUUGUGCUCAGAAGGACUCCCGAAGGGGCGUACCAAGAAGUGCUGUCACCAGACCUGUUGCCUUAAAAGCAAGGGACACCUCCACUUCUGUCUCGGAGAGCAGCACUCCUGCUGUGCAGGGAGCUCUUCCAGCCCAAGUGCAAAGGCAGAAGCCUAAAACUGUCUCAGAAUUACUGAGAGAGAAACGGCUGAGAGAAUCCCGGGCUAAGAAGGCCAUGCAGAGGACAGUAUUUGUUGCCCCACAGAUGCUGGUUUCGGGGCCUGUGAUAAUCCAGCCCCAGCAGAUCAUUCCUUCUGCACAAGCAGGCAGCAAACCUGGAGCAGUUGGUUGUACAACUGGCCCAGUACAGUGUGCACCAGCUCCACUGCCAGCAUUUACUUCUGUCGCAGGUUCAGCUUCUGCUGUUGUGCUUGACAAACAUUCCUCAUCAGUGCCAGGAACUGGGGAAAACCCUGGUUCCUCACAACGGACAGAGAUGCAAUGCGAUAAGGAACUCAAGGAGGAAGCUUUGGAAACUGGCCCCCCUGAAGGAGGGUUUUUUCCAGGUGUGAAUCCAGCGGCAGCAGAGAAGGCCCCAAAUCAGGGAGGGUGCAGGAAUCAGGUCCUGGCUGGUAGCUCAGCUUCGGUAGUGUUGCAAAACCCAGCUUUUGUUCCACAUGGGAUUGCAGUGGUGCCUGUCGGCAUCGAGUCUGGCACCAACAAACUCUCUCUCUCCACCCCUGUUCCCUGUGAGCUGAACAGCAGUGGGCCCCAACAGAGGCCGGUCGGUCUGCUGCCUGCUCUUGUCACUCCACCAGCUGCUUCCCAUUUGCUUCCCAGCAGCAUCCUGCCUUUCACCUGGGUCGUGACACCACAGGCUCUGCUCCCCACUGCUCUGCAAACUGUGGUGCGGCUUCCCCAAGGGCUGCCGGCUCCUGCUGACACAAGUCAGUGUCAGGCGACUGGGACUUGUAGUGGCAGCUCUGGCUUGGGAGUGCUUGCUGUGCCAGCUGGAGCAAACACGGCUCAGCCCAGCAGUGCAGAGACAAAAGCAUCGAGUGCCCCGUUGACAGAAGCAGUGCCCUGGGGAAAGCCAGCUGACCCUUCCGCAGUUCUGCGUGUGACCUCGGCGAGUCCCGAAUGCGGCUCAUUGAGCGUUUCUUCUGCAGCGCCUGCACGUUCAGAGGACUCCUCCAAGGCUUCUGGCUCUGCUGCAGCUGAAACUUCUCUUCCACCUGAUGCAGCGGCCCCGCGUGCCGUGCUGUUCCCCCAGACACAGCUCCCUGUAAGCACACAGGGGUCUGACUCCCAACAUGCAUCAACUCUGUCUCGCUUGGGAAAGAGCUGUGACUCCAUUACAACAAACCGAUCGUCUUCGAGUAUCAUCACGAAAGGGACUGUGCUCCAGCCAGGAGAUCCAGUUUCCCGCACCAAUGUCCCGAGGAACUCCGAUGGCUCUGCUGCACGAGCACUGAAAAACAGACCUAUUGCCUCCAAACCUCCAGCUGUGCAGCCCGCUGCCAGUCCGCCCCAGCCAACCACUUCCAGUGCGGAAAAGAAUCUGCCUGACUUUAGCCUGAUUUCCCUUGAGGAUGAGGGGCUAGUGAAGGAGUGGCUGAAUGGGAAACAAGGUGUGCAAGUACCAUCACUGCAAACCAGGUUGCCUUACUUACCACCUUUCCUGUGCAACUUAAAAACUCUCUCCAAUCUGCUUCUGCAGAAAGCAGCUCUGGAAGAGCAAGCGGCACGUCUUCUGCCUUCCGAUGCUGGUCAGGGUGAGGGCACUGGCGUGGAUUUACACGCUAUCACAGAACUGGUGCAGCAGCAACUCGGUGAUAACCCUGCUUAUCUCCUGCUGAAAGCCAGAUUCCUGGCAGCCUUUACGCUCCCAGCUGUCCUAGCAACUCUGCCUCCUCCGAAAGUGACAACAACUCUGUCAGCCAGCAGGAAGCAAUAUGAAGAGAGCGACGAAGAGGAGUGGCAGAGUGAGAAGGAGGUGUCUGAGGAAGAGAGUUGUGAGAAUGAAUUAACAGGUGCCCGGCUGGACGGGACGGUUAGGGAUGAGGCUGGAGGCGAAGAUGCUGAUUUACUGAAUCAGGACAUGGGAGCUGAAGAGAACGCUGCACAGCCUGUCCUGGACUCCUGCACCGAUGGGGCUGAUGCCGGUGCUCCCCAAAUCAGGAGAAGUGCCCGCUCCAGGAAGAGGAGGAGGAUAUGA